AUGCGGGUGACAAAGACAUCAAUGAUUGAAUAUUAUAUUGGCAAUAUACGAUAUCAAUCUUUCCUCCCUCAACCAAUGUGUUCUCUCUCCCAUCAUGAAGCCUGGCAAAUGGCUUCGCGAUUCCCGACUCCCCGAGAAAAACACUUGCAAAAUCAGGGGACAAAGCUUGGAGAAUCCCCCGACUAUGCUUAA